AUGAUCAGAAACUUCCACAGUUUAGUCAAGAGAGUACCUAGACUCGCUCUUACUCCCUUCUUCGGCUUCAGAACUUCCAUGACUUUAGCCGAUAAGAAGUUAUCCACUGGUGAAGCCUCCGUUGUCCUCGCCGAAAAGAUUAAGGGAAUCACUCAAUAGAACGAUAUUACUGAAUACGGUACAGUUAUUUCAAUUGGUGAUGGUAUUGCAAGAGUCUUUGGUUUGACUAAGGUCUAAGCAGGUGAAAUGGUUGAAUUUAAGUCUGGUAUUAGAGGUAUGGCCCUUAACUUGGAAACUGAUAACGUCGGUGUUGUCGUUUUGGGUAAUGAUAGAGAUAUUAAGGAAGGUGAUGUCGUCAAGAGAACUGGUGCCAUCGUCGAUGUCCCCAUUGGUGAAGCUAUGUGCGGAAGAGUCUUCGAUGCCUUAGGUAACCCCAUUGACGGUCUUGGUCCUCUUAAGACCACCCAAAGAGCCAGAGUUGAAAUCAAGGCUCCCGGUAUUAUUCCCAGACAAUCCGUCAGACAACCUAUGUAAACUGGUAUUAAGUGUGUCGACUCCCUCGUCCCUAUCGGUAGAGGUUAAAGAGAACUUAUUAUUGGUGAUAGAUAAACUGGUAAGACUGCUAUCGCUAUCGAUACCAUCCUCAACCAAAAGGAAGCCUUCAACACUGGUGAUGUCAAGAAGUAAUUAUAUUGCAUUUACGUCGCCGUCGGUCAAAAGAGAUCUACCAUUGCUAACUUGGUCUCCAUCCUUAAGUAACACGAUUGCAUGAAGUUCACCAUCGUCGUUUGCGCUACUGCUUCUGAUGCUGCUCCCCUUUAAUUCUUGGCUCCUUACUCUGGUUGCGCCAUCGGUGAAUUCUUCAGAGAUAACGGCAAGCACGCUUUAAUUAUCUACGACGAUCUUUCCAAGCAAGCCGUCGCUUACAGACAAAUGUCUUUGUUGUUGAGAAGACCUCCUGGUAGAGAAGCUUAUCCUGGUGAUGUCUUCUAUCUCCAUUCUCGUCUUUUGGAAAGAGCCGCUAAGAUGAACGACAGCCUCGGUGGUGGUUCCUUGACUGCCUUGCCCGUCAUUGAAACCCAAGCUGGUGAUGUCUCUGCUUAUAUUCCCACCAACGUUAUUUCCAUUACUGAUGGUUAAAUUUUCUUAGAAACUGAACUUUUCUACAAGGGUAUCAGACCUGCCAUUAACGUCGGUCUUUCCGUCUCUAGAGUCGGUUCUGCCGCUUAAAUUAAGGCCAUGAAGAAGAUUGCCGGUAACUUAAAGCUUACCCUCGCUACCUACAGAGAACUUGCUGCUUUCUCCCAAUUCGGUUCUGAUUUGGAUGCCAAGACCCAAUAAUAAUUGAACACUGGUGAAAGAUUAGUUGAAAUGUUAAAACAAAACUAAUAUACCCCCAUGAAGGUCGAAGAAUAAGUUUGUAUUAUUUUUGCUGGUGUCAAGGGAUUCUUAGAUGCCCUCGUCACUUCUGAAGUCUUGAAGUUCGAAAAGAAGUUCCUUGAACACGUCAGAACUAACCACUCUGCUCUCCUUAAAAGAAUUAGAGACUCUGGUGAUCUCAGCGAAGUUGAUACUAAUGAACUCAACACUAUUAUUCCUCUCUUCAUCCAAGAAGGUGGUUUCAAGCUCAAGGCCUAAUGA